GAGCGGAGGGGAGGCAGGGGAAGGCUCUCCCGGGCGGGCGGGUGGGCGCCGGGUGCUGGCGCUGGUGGCGGUGUCCCCGGAGCGGGGCUGGCGGCGGCGGUGCGGGAGAGGCGGGGAAGGCGCCGGGGCGGCUGCGGGCCCGCCGCGCUUGCCGUGGCUGACCCCGCCCCGCCGCCUCCAGCCCCACGCACCCGCACCCCACUCACUCACACACACACACACGCACUCACACGCACACGCCGCCGGCGCGGCUCCGGAGCCGGCUGGCGGAGGGAGGCGGCCACGCCGGGUCACCUUCCCGGCCGCCGGCAGCGAGUAGGGCGCCCGCGCCGCUGCCUCCACCCCCGCCGCCGCCAUCCGCCCCUCCGGGCCGUCCCCGCCCGGGUGAGCGGGAGCCCCGGGCCGGCGCGGGCAUGAGCAGCGCAGGGGGGAGCGUCGUCCUCCCUCCCGGGGAGCCGCAGCAAGAGCCCGCCGGCCCGCCGCAGCUGCCGGCCGGAGCGGGGGAGGCGAGCGGGGACAUCCCGGAGGACGGGGAGAGCGGCGGCCCCGGCGCCGGCGAGGGCCGGAGGGGCGGCUCGGAGAGCGGCCGCGCCGAGGCGAGGGCCGCCGCCGGCGACAAGCCCGAGACCCGCUCGGUGUGCAGCAGCGAGAGCGGCAGCGGCAGCCACCCCGGCGGGGCCGGCCCCAUCUGCAAGAUCUGCUUCCAGGGCCCCGAGCAGGGUGAAUUGUUAAAUCCCUGCCGCUGUGAUGGGUCAGUACGAUACACACAUCAGCUUUGCCUGUUAAAGUGGAUAAGUGAAAGAGGGUCAUGGACCUGUGAACUCUGCUGUUACAGAUACCAUGUUAUAGCAAUUAAAAUGAAGAAGCCUUGCCAGUGGCAAAGCAUUACUAUAACACUGGUUGAGAAAGUGCAGAUGGUUGCUGUAAUCCUAGGAUCUCUGUUCUUAGUAGCAAGUGUGACUUGGCUUCUAUGGUCAGCCUUCAGCCCUUAUGCAGUAUGGCAAAGAAAGGACAUCCUUUUUCAAAUCUGCUAUGGAAUGUAUGGUUUUAUGGAUCUAGUAUGCAUAGGACUGAUAGUACACGAAGGUGCUUCUGUUUAUCGAGUGUUUAAGCGCUGGAGGGCUGUGAAUCUACACUGGGAUGUGUUAAAUUAUGAUAAAGCCACAGACAUAGAAGAGAGCAAUCGAGGAGAACCCUCAGCAGGAAGGACAUUGUGGUUACCACUGACUGCAUUUAGAAACAGAAGUUUGGUUCAUCCCACACAGUUAACCUCACCAAGAUUUCAGUGUGGCUAUGUAUUGUUACAUCUGUUCAACCGCAUGAGACCUCAGGAAGAUUCAUCAGAAGAUAACGGCUCUGGGGAAGUAGUGAUGAGAGUGACCUCAGUGUAAAGAUUAUGCUCACUGUGCUACACAGAUAGGAUAACGUGCCCUGAUGUCACAGGACUUUGGAAUGUAGUUACAAUGAAUGGUGAAACCAUUAACACUUGAAAAAAUAUAUACACAUUUUUUUUUUAAAUUUAAUGCUUUUUAUAUGAUCAACUAAAACACAAAUACAUUUUUCUGGGGAAAAAAAAAGUCUCUUGCUUUUUAUAUAGUCUGGUUUAUUAGAUCUUUUGUCAAUUUGUACCUGAGGUGUAUACAAUAUAGUUUAACUCUUAGGUCUUUGAAUGAUGAGGAAACUCAUUUUUAAGUAAAAAAAAAAAUAUUUAAAUGUAUUUUCUUAAACUCUGGCUUUAAUCCACCACUGUUAUUCUUCCCACUUUCAUAAGGAUUAAACUGAACAACCUUCUUCCAAAAAGAAAAGAAUGCUGACACAAGCCAAAUAUUCUUCCUUUUCUGUGUUUAUUUUGUUGUUGUUUGUAGCUCAGUUCAGGUGUAUGAAAGUAAGUAAAGGAUGUAUUGUCCCUUGCCUUUAAGCAGAAGGGACCCAUGGCUGUUCUACAAAUCAUGAGGGAAGAUGCCAACUCUCCUUUUAGCUCUCCCUCA